CUCUCGCUCUGUUUCUCUCUCUCUCUCUGUCUUUCACUCAUUCUGCCCUUUUCAAACAUAAGUGAAUUUACAGAACGUUUAUUUUAAAGUCCGGUCUUGCGGAGAAUGGCGGACAACGAUUUAUAUAUGGUUUACCAUGGCCUCCUGCUGCCAAAGAUAGUUCAUUCAGAGGAAAGUCUCAAAUACCUCGAGAAUUUCCAAGUCAAAGAUGACGAUGUCUUUGCUGUUACCUAUCCAAAAUCCGGUACCACAUGGAUGCAGGAAAUUCUUCCGCCACUCCUAAAUGGAGGAGACCUGACGUCUGUAGAAACCAUCCCUAACUGGGACAGGGCUCCAUGGCUGGAGGAAACACGAGCUGCAUUGGUCCUCGAUAAACUCCCUUCACCACGAGCCAUUGUCUCCCACAUGCAUUAUCAUUUGAUGCCACCCUCCUUUUUCAAAUCAAAGGCCAAGGUGAUCUAUGUCACUAGGAAUCCUAAAGAUGUUAUAGUCUCAUCUUUUCACUUUCAUCAAAUGGCCAGUUUCCUUGAAGACCCUGGAACAUUUGAAGAAUUUACUGACAAAUUCCUGUCAGGAAAAGUUUUCUUUGCAAAGUGGACUGACCAUGUGAAAAGUUGGCAAAAACCUGAGCUUGGAGACCGAAUUAUGUACAUCACCUAUGAAGAAAUGCUUCAGGACCUCCGUGGUGUCCUGAGCCGGAUUUUAAAAUUUCUUGGUCGGGAGCUCAGCGCAGAGGCUCUGGAUCGUGUGGUCGAUCAUUGCACUUUCAAAAAUAUGAAAACAAACAAAAUGUCAAACUACACUCUGGUGCCACAAGAAUUUAUGGACAACAAGAAGUCGCCCUUCCUCAGAAAAGGUAUCGCCGGAGACUGGAAGAAUUACUUCAGCCCUGAGCUUGACGCCAAGUUUACAGCUGUAAUUCAAGAGGAAAUGAAAGGAAGUAACAUCAGAUUUCCAUGGGAUGAGGAAUGACUGAAUCUCUUGUCAUGACAUCUUGGUACACAUCAAAAUAAACAGUCAUAGAUGGAACAUGUGAUUGUUCAAUUCACUUUUUGUUGAUUGAAGUUUAUUGCAGAGUUAUUGCAGCAACGCCCUCUGCUGUCCUGAAGCUAUGUUGGAGUUGCUCAAGAUAAUAAGACGUUACAGUGUGAGACAGUUAGACCAAUGUUGGGUUUUUGCAACAUAACGGUGAGGAUGCAACAUCCAACAUCUGUUUAACUUGAAUUUCAUUGUGGGUUACAGUGUUGUGUAGUAGAUCAUUUAGGUCUUUCACGCAUAUGAAAAUAUGUGCACACUACCUACUACAUACAGUUGAGGUCAAAAGUUUGCACAAUCUGCAAAAUGUUAAUUAUUUACCAAAAUAAGAGGAAUCAUACAACGUGCAUGUUAUUUUUUAUUUAUUACUGACCUGAGUAAGAUAUUAUAGAUAGAUAUUAUAACCCCGUUCAAAAGUUCACAUAUGCUUGAUUCCUAAUACUGUGUUGUUAUCUGAAUGAUCCACAGCUGUUUUUUGUUUGUUUUUUUUUAAGUGAUAAUUGUUCAAAAGUCCCUUGUUUGUCCUGAACAGUUAAGAUACCUGCUGUUCUUCAGAAAAAAAAAACAACUGAGGGACUCAUGCAACUAUUACAGAAGGUUCAAACACUCACUGAUGCUUCAGAAGGAAACACAAUGUAUUAAUAGCUAGGGGUUAAAAGCUUUUUGAAUUUGAAGAUCAGGGUAAAUUGAACUUAUUCUGUAGCUUCUGAAAGGCAAUGAAAUGAAAACUAAAUGAAAAAAAAAAAAAAAAAAUAUAUAUAUAUAUAUAUAUAUAUGAUAUUUAGUAAGAAAAAUGUACACAUCUUCAUUCCGUUCAAAAGUUUUCACCCCUGUCUCUUAAUGCAUCAUUUUUCAAGCGUAUGUAAACUUUUGUCAGUGUCAUUUUUAUAAAUUCAACUAUUAUUUUCUCUUGUGGACUAUAUGUAAACAUCUUUUAUGUGAAAUAUCUUCUUCAGUUCAGUACUAAAUAAAAAAUAACAUGUAUUUUGUAUGAUCCCUCUUUUGGUAAAAUAACAUUUCGCAGAUUCUGCAAGGUGUAUGUAAAAUUUUGACUUCAACUGCAAAAAUGCAUAAUACAUAGUACUUAUAAAGCACAUAUUAAUGCUUUAUUCUGUCUGACCAUAUAUUUUGAUCCUUUAAUGCGAUACCUAAACUUAACAACUACCCUAACUGCUAAUAAGCAGCACAUUAGGAGUUUAUUGAGGUAAAAGUUAAUGGUUUGUUAAUAGUGAGAAUUAGUCCCCCGAACUAAAGUGUGACCAUAUAAGAAAUAUUAAUUUAUAAAGAAAGCUUUAUAGAUAACGGAAAGGAUUUAAACAAUGGUUCUCAUGCUUGUUCAAUAAAUCAUACACAAUUAUUGGACAUCCACCUGUGGAUCAGUCCUAAAGACAAUAACAGUUUACAGGCAAUGAGCAGUAAAGAUCACAGUUACAAUAACUGACAUUAAACAGACCUUUCUACUCCUCAUAACCUGCGUGAAUAUGCUAUAGUCCUGAGGCAGGAUUGCAGAUGAGACCAGCAAUAAAGGGCAAUGGCCGUAACAUAAGAGGCCUAAGAUGAUCAGCUGACAGCAAAUACUGGCAAAUCUGAACCCACAAGAUACUCAAUGAUUUUGAUACUGAACCCCACACAGAUCACGGACUCAUUAUUAGGGGCCAAGCACCAGAGGUGCGGUGGCACCUAUUGUAUCCGUUGGCGUUAUUAUUAUUCCGCUUCUUCUUCUUCUUCUUCUUCUUCUUCUUCUUCCUCUUCCGCCGCAAGUCUAUGGCAGCCCAUAGAACCGCUUGCGGGAAAGUUGUAUAAUUUUGCACACUGAUAGAGGACAGUCUCAACAUUAACCAUAGCAAGUUUGGAGUCUCUAACUCAAACUCUCUAGCGCCACCACUUGUCCAAACUUUCAAAAAAUUUAUGCUAAUAACUUUUGAACCGUAAGCCACACAACAAAAAUUCUUUUUUCCUCUGAUUCCUUGGCUUAUGCCGAGUUGAAUGGACACCAAAAUUCAAAAAUCGUAAGGUUUAGUUUUUUCGCUAUUCUCAAUUGUUCGUAAAACCUACUUUUUCGAACUCGUCCUAGGCCGUUGCACCGAUUGUCACAAAAAUUGAUCCAGAUCAUCUUCAGACCAUGCUGGCAAAAAGUUAUGGAAUUCAAGUCGAUUCGUCCAGCCGUUCACGAAUAACACGCAAAAGAAUUCUACGAAAAGCUAGUAAAAAUCAAUGUGAGGCUAUAUCUCCGUAAUAGUUUGUCAUAUUGACACCAAACUUGGUGUGUGUUAUAACAAGCAUGACCUGAACCUACCUGCAGUGUUUCGGUGCAGUGCCCCCUAGUGGUCAGGAGAUACGAAAAAUGGCUAUUUUUCUUUAUAACAUCUGAAUGAUUUGUCCAAAAAUCACAAAACUGGUCUCUUUAGAUUCAGUGUGUCAUACCGAGUCGAACCAUAUCCAAUUUUCCCAUGUCAGCCAUUUUGGGUGUCGGCCAUUUUGAAUUUAGCUUUAAAAUGCUGUAUCUUGAGAACGGAUUAGCGUAUCGUUUCGACAUUAAUUACAAAAAUGUUCGGCACCAUGCCCUGAAUGUACAUAAAAAUUUUGGGGCCAGCGCCACCUUGUGGUCAAAAGUUAUGACGAAAUUUCAAAAAAUGCUAAUAACUUUUGCGUACAUUAGCCUAUUGAAAUGAAACUGAUUUUGAUAGAUUCCUUCGGUCAUGCUGAGAACACCGAUACCAAUUUUGCCCAUUUUGGCUGAACUUCCUGUCCGCCAUUUUGAUUCAUGUUAAAAACCUACUUUUUCAAACUCCUCCUAGACCGUUAGCCCAAUUUUCACCAAAUUUGACUCAGAUCAUCUUCAGACCAUGCUGACAAAAAGUUAUGGAUUUUGUGUCGAUACACGAAACCGUUUUCGUUUAGCGCAUCAACGAAUUUACUGGAAAGAUGCCAAAUUGCAUCCGAGUCUGUAUCUCUGCAAAGCUUUGACAUAUUGACACCAAAUUUUAUAUGUGCUAUUGUCACCACACUCUGACCAAGCCACAUCAAUUUGGUAACAGUGCCACCUAUGGGUCAGAAGUAAUACGCCAUUCACUAAACAUUAAUAAUGAAAUUUACAAAAAUGCUAAUAACUUCUGUUUACAUUAGCCUAUUGGAAUGAAACUGAUGCCAAUAGAUUCCUUGGGUCAAGUCGAGAACAUUGAUACCCAUUAUGCCGAAAUUGGCCAAACUUCCUGUCCGCCAUUUUGAUGAAUGUACAAAACCUACUUUUUCGAACUCCUCCCAGACUGUUAGUCCGAUCUUCACCAAAUUUGACUCAGAUCAUCUUCAGACUAUGCUGGCAAAAAGUUAUGAAUUUCGUGUCGAUAUACGAAACCGUUUUCGUUUAGCGCAUCAACAAAUUUGCUGGAAAGAUGCCAAACUACAUCUGAGGCUGUAUCUCUGCAAAGCUUUGACAUAAUGACGGCAAACUUUGUGUGUGUCAUUGUCAUUUCACACAGAACACGUCACAUCAAUUUGAAAACAGCACCACCUGUUGGUCAAAAGUGAUAAGCCAUUAAAUUUUAUUACGAUUGGUUGUAUUUAUGAUUUUUCAGCCAUUUCAACUGAUAUUAUCCUAAAAUGGCUUAAGUUACUCACUGUUGUAGUCGGUCUGCUGCUCCUUGCCGUGCUUAAGUCCUCAUUCUGCCUCUUUUGUGCUUGGCCCCGCAAUUGCUGCUUGCAGCUAUAUUUUCAUUUAUGUUUGUUAAAUAUUCAGGAAAUUUUAUAUUUUUGUAUUAGCUUUAUUUGCUUUACUCUACUAGAGAGUGUCCUAACCCUUUUCUAAAGGCCUUAUUAAAUAUGCUUCAGUUUUCAUGAGCUGAAAAAUAACAGGAAAUCAGGGAUCUAUUUUGAUAUUGAUGUGCAAAACAAUGUUAUUUUUAGCUUCUUAAAAACUUUUUGCAUGUAAUACAUCUUGGGAGCUUAGUUGGAUAUUUUAAAUGUACUUACACUGUGAAUAUGUAUUAUCAUUGGGUGAGAUAAGCAUCCGGAUUUGAUUAGGGUAUAAAUACAGAGUCAAUGUGUUUCUCUUUGUCAUGUAUGACUCUUGAUCUUUUCUUGCAAGAAAAUAAAUCUUAAAAUGAC